CAUCUUCUUCUUCCUCCGCCUGUUCACGUAGAUGAAAUUGGGUCGAUCAAGGAUAAGGUGAAACCUCUUCUCAUCUGUGGGGAGCUCUAGUUGCCGUGGUUUAGAUGAGGAGCAGGGGCCACUGGAGACCUUCUGAAGACAAGAAACUGAAGGAACUCGUUCAACAGUAUGGGGCUCAUAAUUGGAGUGCCAUAGCAGGAAAGCUUCAAGGCAGAUCAGGUAAAAGUUGCAGGUUGAGGUGGUUCAACCAUUUGGACCCACGAAUAAACAGGAGCCCCUUCACUGCAGAAGAGGAAGAACGGCUCCUUGCUUCCCACAGAAUUCAUGGCAACAAGUGGGCUGCCAUUGCCAGGUUCUUCCCUGGAAGGACAGACAAUGCCAUCAAGAAUCACUGGCAUGUCAUCAUGGCCAGAAGAUGCAGACAGAAAUGCCGAAAAGCACGGGAUAAGCGUCUCCCUACGGACGGCGCCGAAGCAUCGUCGUUGUUUCUGAAUCCAUCACCACCGAUGCCGUCGUUUAUAUACAGAACGUCAAAAAUGAAGCGGGGAGGACGCGAACUGGGAAUGCUUUUGGAGAAAUGCUAUGAAAGAUUUGACCUUCCAAUUUUUGUCAGCGAAACUAACAAGGACCGGGGAGAUGUGAUGCCUCCAAAAGGCGGAAUAUUUUACAAUUUCCUUGGUGUACAGAAUGACUCUAACAUCUCUGAAGGGACAGAAAGCGAAAGGCAAGAACAGGAAGAAGGGAAAUCCGAGUUAUCGAGUACCCCUUUCAUAGACUUCCUAGAAAUUGGAAGGAGUACUGCCUAAUUUUGAUAUGCAGACAUUAACGGAACCACUGACCUGGCCAAUGUCGGUUACAUAAAAGAGACAUUGAUGGAAUUAAGCCUUUUACUUGUAAGUCUACUGAAAUUUCCAUGGCCAACAAGCUUGUUUGAACAACUUCAGAGAACAAGUCUGUUCCAGAGGUAUAUAAUUGUAACUUAGGAUCCAAGUUAAGGAGUCCACCCUUUUACUUUUCUUCUCAACUUGAAAAAAUGUCUCAUGUCUACUUAUACUAUUGCAAGAUUCACGUAGUUAAUGUAGGGAUGAU